AUGUCAGACAGAUGCUGCGACACGACGAAUAAAAUCCAAAGUACUGAGGAAGGUUCAGUGACCAUCAGCUGUUCGUACGACUCUCAGUCUGUCAACAAGCUGAAGUUCUUCUGCAGAGGAAACCGGCCCUCCACAUGUCGACAGCAGGCAGUGAUCACCUCUAGAAACACACAAGAUGGACGAUUCAGACUCUCUGAUGACAGGAAGUCAAGAAUAUUCACAGUGACCAUUUCCACUCUGACCCUGAAGGAUUCUGGGUCGUAUCUUUGUGGAGUCCAGAGAAACUCAGGAUUUGAUGUUUUUUCUGCUGUUGAACUGGAGGUCAAAGAAUCCUGUCUGCAGUUGUACAACAUCAGUGGCAUGGAGGGACGUCCAGUAACUCUGCAGUGUCCUAAUUCAGGACAACAUCAUGAUAACAAGACGUUCCUCUGUAAAGGAGACCAACACAACUGUACAGAUAUGAUGGAGAACCAAACAAAGUUCAAGCUGCUCAAUGUCUCCUCCAGCUGUUUCUCUGUGAUCAUCAGUGAACUGGAAGCAGCUGAUGCAGGAACAUACUACUGUGGUUCAGACUCUCAGCUGAGAUUCAUAAAGAUACAGCUGGCAGUCGUCUCUCCACAUCAAACCAGCUCUGUGACUCCAAUUAGCUCUGCUGAACAGGUUACAUCACAACCACCAACAUCAGAUAAUCCUGGUCUGACUUUAUUUUACCUUCUGCGUGUCGUCCUGUUUCUGCUGUGGAUCCUGCCUUUGGUCCUUAUGAUGAUUCCUAAAAGAAAAAUAAAGAAAGAAGAAAUCCAGAUGAAUGUAUUGAUCACUGCUGAUGCUUCUAAGAACCCGAGGAUCAAUAAUAUUGGUAAAAAAUCCAGAAGGCAGCUCAACAUUCGCAUGACAGAAUCAAGAGCAACAAUGAAGCUGCUGAUUCUCAACAAGUGA